AUGAGCGCAGCCGCCGACGCCGCCCGCACCACCGCCAACAUCCUGCUGGAGAUCGAGGCGGUGCUGUUCCGGCCGGACGCGCCCUUCACCUUCACCUCGGGGCGCAAGAGCCCGGUCUACGUCGACUGCCGCAAGAUCAUCUCCUUCCCCCGCGCGCGGGCCAAGCUGAUGGAUCUGGCGGUCGAGCGGAUCGCCGCGUCGGUCGGCUACGAAUCCCUCGACGUGAUCGCCGGCGGCGAGACGGCCGGCAUUCCCUUCGCCGCCUGGAUCGCCGAGCGCCUGGGCCUGCCGAUGGUCUACGUGCGCAAGAAGCCCAAGGGCUUCGGGCGCAAUGCCCAGAUCGAGGGGACCUUCCCCGAGGGCGCGCGCGCCCUGCUGGUCGAGGACCUGGCGACCGACGGCGGCUCCAAGCUGGGCUUCAUCGAGGCGCUGCGCGGCGCCGGCGCCGAGGCGGCGCACAGCUUCGUCGUCUUCCACUACGGCAUCUUCCCCGAGGGCAUCGCCCGGCUGGAGGCCGAGGGGGUCAGCCUGCACGCGCUCUGCACCUGGUACGACGCGCUGGCCGCGGCCGAGGCGGCCGGCUACCUCUCCGGCCAGGGCCUGGCCGAGGUCAAGGCCUUCCUCGACGACCCCGACGGCUGGCAGGAGAUCGUCUUCUACACCAACCCGCAGUCGCGCGGGCGCAUCGUCCGCUGGAUGCUGGAGGAGGUGGAGGCGCCCUACCGGGCCGAAUACCUCACCUACGGCCCGGCCCUGCAGACCCCCGAGUUCCUGGCCGUCAACCCGAUGGGCAAGCUGCCGGCGAUCCGCCACGGCGGCACCGUGGUGACCGAGACGGUGGCGAUCUGCAGCUACCUGGCCGACGCCUUCCCAGAACGCGGCCUGGCGCCGCCGCCGCCGGCGCGCGGCGCCUACUAUCGCUGGCUGUUCUUCAGCGCCGGCCCCUUCGACGCGGCCAUCACCGCCCGCGCGGCGGGCUUCGAGCCCCCCGAGGCGGUGCGCGGCAUGAUCGGCUACGGCAGCCUGGAGCGGGUGCUGGACACGCUGGAGCGGCAGUUGAGCGCCGCGCCCUACCUCGCCGGCACGGACUUCACCACGGCGGACCUCUGCGCCGGCGCCCAGCUCGUCUUCGGCCAGCAUAUCGAGGUGAUCGCGCCGCGGCCGGUCUUCACCGACUAUCUCGACCGGUUGGCCGCGCGGCCGGCGUUCCGCCGCGCGGCAGCGCUGGACGAGGCCGCGCAGGCGGCGAUGGACCAGCAGGGGGAAACGAGGGAACAGCCGGCCUGA